ACAAUCGUUAGGUUGGCCUGUCAUGCGCGCCAUAUUCAACUCCUCCUAGCAAGCAGAAAACUCCGCCUUAUUCCUUACAUUCCUGUUCCAACAGCAGCGGGCCAUUUGAAUCUCUGGAAAUCUGACGACAAUGCCACAAGAUCAAAUUGCAUAUUCUGACAAGUAUUUUGAUGAGAACUAUGAGUACAGACAUGUAAUCUUGCCGAACGACAUUGCCAAGUUAGUGCCGAACAGCCACCUGAUGACGGAGACGGAGUGGAGGAACCUAGGAGUGCAGCAGUCGCCAGGAUGGGUCCACUACAUGGUGCACGCACCAGAACCCCAUGUGCUACUGUUUCGCCGACCCAGACCACUUCCUCCUUCGGACGUACCCUCGGCAGCAACAACGACGGCGACAACCUCCGGUCUAGCUCUGGCAGCUAUGUGAAGAAUGUGACCCGCAGCUGUUGCAUCCGUCUGUGGCAAACUAAUAGUAUGGUGUGACUGUUGUUACGAUAUUAUGGCCUUUGUAGAUUUGUGAGGCCUGCUGAGUUACUUCUCGCAAUCCACAAAAUGGAGAUAUUGGCCAAAAAUCGGCAUAAGGGUCAAAUUUGUUUAUU